CUUAGACUGACGUCAGCGAACUGCCAAUAUAAAACCUUGAAGACAAAUGCAGGGGGCAGGUCACAAUGAUUUGGCAGAGCCUUUCCUUUGCUGUAUGUGUGCUGACUUUUUGGACUAUUGGACACGCUACAGGCUGUGGUGAUCGACAGAUUGCGAUAAAUGGACAGUGCUGCAAUCUGUGUCCCCCAGGUACUUAUGUGGAGAGAUUCUGCUCUGACAAACAGCAAACUCUCUGCACUUCUUGUCCAGAGGGACAUUUUUCAGAUCACUACACUGUUUUUGACAGAUGUGAGCCAUGCCGGUCUUGCCAACAAGAAUUUUCUGAGAAAUGUACUCCGACCACAGAUGCGACCUGUUCUUGUCGCUCUGGUUUCCUGUGUUCCAACAGCAUCUGCUCAAUUUGUGAGGAAAACAAAUGCGUCAUGGGGGAGAAACUGAAUAGGACAGAAAUUUCAUCACAUGCAGGGGUGACAAAGUAUUCAUAUCACUGUGAGCCUUUAUGCCCUAAAAAUGCAUACUUUGAUGCAACACGGAAUAGCUGUGAAACAAUAAUACGGUGCAGUGUAUUGGGAUUUGCUGAACGGUUUCCAGGGAACAAAACACACCCACCAGUUUGUGAUAAACCUGCAGAUGCGCACAGCGACUCGUCCCCUCAUCUGAUUCUUGGCAUCGGCUUUGUUUCUCUCUCUGUCAGCCUCCUUCUGUUUCUGUCUUAUAUCUGUAUGAAGAACCAAAGGAAGCACGCAGAAAGUAAAAACCCUGUCCUAGCAGUCUCUACGAACACCAGUGAGUUUCACCUGUCUAAGGAGGAAAGUGGACACCAGCUCAUCAGCCAGACAGAAUCCAAAGACAGCAACAGUUUGGACCAAGUGCACCUGGAAAAAGUCAUCUCUUUGUGAUAAGAAGUCUAAGAUGCAUGGUCAAUGUGUUCAACCACAACCACAGUGAUAGUAUCAAUGCAAUCAUUUAAGUUAUCUAGCUUCAUAUCAAUGCAGAUUCAAAUAUAGAGAUGGAGAAGUGUGCUAAAGUUACAGUUGUGGAUUUGUUGAAAAGUUUGAAAUGUUGAUCUCCAGUGGGAUUUAUCUCAGAAGGAAAGUAAAAGAUCAGAACUGGUCCUUAUGCUAUUAUCACUGUGGAGGUGUCCUUAGACAAACUGUAUACCCUCAACCUACUUGAGUGGAGUUUCUAAAUAGAUGACAUGAAGAUUAUGAGUGUGCAGAACAAGAAAAGUGAGGAGAAAUACUGAAGUGUAAUGUGGAACAAUUUUGGUGUCCACUAAGCUACUGAAAAUGUGCCUCUAAAAAAUCAUCUUCCUGAAAAUCUAAUUUAUUUUUGAAAAGCAUACAUGUUUAUAUUUGCAACAACCCUACCUCUCUUUAUUGUAAUGUGACAAGGAUCAUUUGUGACUGUGGUAAUUUGCUGUAGAUAACAGCUCCUGCCUUAAUGAAAGUAGAAUCACUCAAUACUAAUAGAUUUUUGGGGGGAAAAUUUUAUAAUGUGUCACUGUCCUGGAGUGUGACACAUCUCAUCCAGCCAGUCAUUUAGUGCUCAAUGUGAAGUGCUUUGAUGUCUUUUUGGAAAAAGAAAUACUUGUUUUGUGUAUGUUAAACUGUCAGCUAGGUGGUUAUUGACUGAUAGACGUACGAAUCCUUUCCUUCCACCAACAUGAGAAAAAGAUGUUCAGUUUUCUCAUUAACAGGAGAAAUGUUUCUUCAAGAACCAUUUAAUUUUAUAAAUAGCUUUUUUUUUAACUAUAAGGCUCACACUUGAUUACAACAACUUGUGAAUGAUUGUCAUUAUGAUGAUUUACAAAAUAAAAUCAGUGCAUAAGACAUAUACAUAAUUUCUUUUUCAAAGAAUCUUGUCAGUCUAAUUUGUUUCCCCCAAAAAAGAAUAAUUACGUUUAAAGAAACAUGAAACUUGUGGUAAUCAAAGGUGAGCAGAUUUUUUUCUGAUUAAAAUGUGAUAUUUUCUAUGUUUAAAAAUGUGAAAAAAAUGCAUCAGUGUUUAGGUGGUAGAUGAAAGUGGUUGUACUUACAAUAUGUGCUCAAAUAUGCUCAAUAUGUCUUUACAGGCAGAAAUGUUUUGUUUUGUGGAAAUUACUACACAUAAUUAAAAUCAUGUGAUUGACACAGAAUAUUUUUUUUAUUAUAACAACAUGCAAAAAUGUGAAAAGCUGGAAUCAAACCAUUAUAUGUGAUGUAUAUAAUUAUACAUGUCAUGAAUAGAGCUGAAAUGUUAAGGUUGUGAGUUGUCCAUGCACUUUUUUUUAAGAAAAUGACUAAUCAGUAACAUUUGGUAAUUUCCAGAAACAUUUCGUGCUGUAAAAACUGACACUUUGGACCACUGGUUAGCAUUGUCCCCUCAUAGCUAGAAGAGCCCCUGUUCAUGUCCCGGGUUGUGAUCUUUCUGUGUGGAGUUUGCACGUUGUCCCUGUGCAGCGUAGGGUUUCACUGGGAUCCCCCAGUCCAAACACAUGCUAAGGUUAACUGGUGAUUCUAAAUGGUCUGUAGGUGUGAAUGCAAGUGUGCUUGGUUGCCUUUUUCUCUAUUUGUAGGCCUGUGAUAAACUGCCGACCUGUCCAAAGUGAACCCGCCCACAACCCUACAGAGGAUGAAGUGGUGUAUAGAUAAUGGAUGGAUGGAUGUAUAUGUAAGAAAUUAGGUUUACUGUUGUGAGGAAAGCUUAUUUUGGUGUAUUAAUAACAACAUAACAGAAUAGUAUAGCUGAUUUUGUAAUUGUGGAUUUUGCAAUAUUUACAAAAAUGUAACAGAUAUAAUAAUCUUA